CAAUGUACGCAACACCGGCGCUGGGCUGGAGUUUGACGUGGCACUCUCGGCACGCAAUUCAACAUCAGCAGAGGAAAGGACGCAUCGUUUGCCUUCAGGUCACCUUUUUUUGUCCCAGACUGGAAUGAGAGACGUAUAACAGUAGGAUGAGUCAGCAAGGUUAUGUUGCCGCCCCUCCAUACUCCCAGGCCCAGGCUGGAAUGGGGGGAUACUCUGCUGGUUUUGGGAACCCCCCACCUCAGUCGCAUUAUGGCACCUAUGGAUCUCCGCCACAGGGUUAUUCUGCCCCUCCGACAGGUGUGCUCAAGCCUCCUGCCUCCUCUCCUUCUGGGAUGCCUCCACCACCAGUAUCCAGCCAGUAUGGUGCUAAUAUUCAGCAGAAUGGGGCCCAUCCCCACAGUUUCCCUCCACCUGUUGCUUCAGCUCCUUCCAUGUCUCCUUAUCGACAGCCUCCUCAAAGUGCUUUUCAUAGUAUGGCACAAGCCCCACCUCCAACUCAACAGCUGACAAAUCAGAUGAGUGCCAUGAACUUUGGAGGAUAUGGCCAAAGGCCCAUGCAGGUACCACAGUCUCCUUCCAGCUCAGCAGCACCACAACAAUAUCAAACAUCACCGCCACUAGCAAUGGGACAUCCGCCCCUUUCUCUACCAGGACAGCAGCCGUCCUCUCUUGGAUCUCCUCCACCAAUGGCCACGAUGGGUUCUAUGGCAGCUCCGCCAAUGGGAAUGUCUGGCCCACCUGGACCAGGUGUCCACCAACCACCACUGGGACCCCAAGGCUAUCCACAGCAACCAGGUAGCCCGAUUUCAGGCCCGUAUGGUGCACAAAUGGCAGGACCACAAAUGGCAGGGCCACAGUCCGGCGCUUUCCCAGGAGGCUUUCCUGGAGGUCCAGCACAAAUGGCAGGCCCUCCUCAGAAGAAGCUGGACCCAGACUCUAUUCCAAGCACGACGCAAGUGAUUGAGGAUGACCAGGCUAAGCGAGGAGGCCAGGUGUAUGUCACAAACAUCAGAGGUCAGGUGCCUCCACUGGUCACCACAGAUUUCACAGUGCAGGAUCAAGGGAAUGCCAGCCCUAGGUUCAUGCGGUGCACAACAUAUUCCUUCCCCAGCACUGCUGACCUUGCAAAGCAGUGCAAAGUGCCUCUGGCAGCCAUCAUCAAACCCUUUGCCACCGUGCCCAAAAAUGAGACUCCUCUGUACAUUGUAAAUCACGGUGAGACUGGACCAAUCCGCUGCAACCGCUGCAAGGCCUACAUGUGUCCUUACAUGCAGUUUAUCGAUGGAGGACGACGCUACCAGUGUGGCUUCUGCAGCUGCGUUAAUGAAGUUCCAGUGCAGUAUUUCCAGCAUUUGGACCAUAUGGGGAGAAGAAUGGAUCUGUAUGAGAGACCAGAACUGUCUUUGGGCUCAUAUGAGUUCAUUGCCACAUUGGAUUACUGCAAGAAUAAUAAGCCUCCAAAUCCUCCUGUCUACAUCUUCAUGAUCGAUGUCUCCUACAACAACAUAAAAAGUGGACUUGUCAAACUAAUAUGCGAGGAACUGAAGACACUGCUUGACCGACUUCCAAAAGAGGAGGGAGCCGAGACUUCGCCCAUCAAAGUGGGUUUUGUCACCUAUAAUAAGAUCCUGCACUUCUAUAAUGUGAAGAGCGCUCUGGCCCAGCCGCAGAUGAUGGUGGUCUCUGAUGUGGCUGAGAUGUUUGUACCACUUCUUGACGGAUUCCUCGUCAACUUCCAGGAGUCUCGAGCUGUCGUCAACAACCUUUUAGAUCAGAUCCCUGACAUGUUUGCUGACACCAACGAGAGUGAGACGGUUUUCGCUCCGGUCAUCCAAGCUGGUGUGGAGGCACUGAAGGCAGCUGAAUGCAGUGGCAAACUCUUCAUCUUUCAUUCGUCCAUCCCAACGGCAGAGGCUCCAGGAAAACUCAAAAACAGAGAUGACAGAAAAUUAGUGGGUACAGAAAAGGAGAAGACUCUGUUCCAGCCUCAGCGGGGUGUGUAUGAGCAGCUGACUAAAGACUGUGUGGCACAAGGCUGUUGUGUCGAUCUCUUCCUGUUUCCCAACCAGUAUGUGGAUAUAGCCACCAUGGGCGAUGUGCCGUCACACACCAGCGGCUCCAUCUACAAGUACAGCAACUUCCAGGUGGAGGUUAACGGUCCGCAGUUUAUCAGUGACCUCAGGAGAGAUGUGGAGAAGUCCAUCGGAUUCGACGCCAUCAUGCGUGUCCGUACCGGCACAGGCUUCAGGGCGACAGAUUUCUUUGGUGCCAUAUACAUGAACAACACUACAGAUGUGGAAAUGGCAGCAGUGGACUGUGACAAGGCCGUGACGGUCGAGUUUAAACAUGACGACACACUCAGCGAGGAGUCUGGAGCUGUGAUGCAGUGUGCUCUGCUCUACACCACCAUCGGUGGACAGAGGAGGCUGCGGAUUCACAACCUCAGUCUGAACUGCAGCUCUCAGCUGUCUGAACUCUACAAAAGCUGCGAGACAGACGCCCUCAUCAACUUCUUCGCCAAGUCAGCGUAUCGGGCCAUGCUCAACCAGCCACUGAAGACAGUGAGGGAAAUCCUGGUUAACCAGAUGGCUCACAUGCUGGCCUGCUACAGGAAGAGCUGCGCCAGUCCCUCAGCAGCCAGCCAGCUGAUCCUGCCUGAUGCCAUGAAGGUGUUUCCCGUCUACAUGAACAGUCUGUUGAAGACUGCGACUCUAGUGGGCAGCACUGAGCUCUCCACAGAUGACCGGGCCUUCCACAGACUCCUGGUCAAUGCCAUGGGAGUGGAGGAAACACAGGUCCUGCUCUACCCACGCCUCAUCCCGCUGCACACUAUGGAUGUGUCCAGCGAGGUGAUCCCGGCUCCAGUGCGCUGCUCUGAGGAGCGGCUCAGCGAGUCCGGCAUGUUUCUGCUGGAAAACGGGCUCUCUGUGUUCCUCUGGCUGGGACAGGCCUGUCCACCCGACCUCAUCCAGAACCUCUUCAGUGUGCCCUCUCUCGGCCACCUGCCCUCAGAAGGGCAGAUGUCAUUACCUGUGCUGGAUAAUGCUCAUUCCAGGAAGAUCCAUUCAAUCAUCUCCAGCAUUUCACAGCAGAGGGCCACAUCCAUGAAGCUGCUGAUAGUGAAGCAGAAGGACCAAUCAGAGAUGUUGUUCCGUCAGCACCUGGUGGAGGACAAGGGUCUUCAUGGAGGAGCGUCCUACAUGGACUUCCUGUGCUACGUCCACCGUGAGAUCAGGCAGCUACUUACUUAACACACACACACACAGACAGAGUUAAGUGUGUUACAGCACACAGCCCUCUUCUCAUAUAACCUCUACAGCUGCCUAUGAUAUACGACCAAACUCUCUUUCUGCAGUGAGAACUUUCUGCUUUGUUCCUCAGUGUUUGACAUGAGGGAUGCUGGUAAAUGGGUGUUUAGAUUGAACACCAUAAAAUGUGCCACAUCUCCCUGUUCUGAGGAGCGAUUAUAUUGAGAUCGUCUGAAUGAUUUUCUUAAAUCAUUCCCCCAGAUUACAUUUACCAAAGGGAAACAUUUCUUUGAAUCCUUAAUGCAGCAUAAUAAAAAAGAAAAAAAAAAUGGGCUCAUAAUGUCUGGAGUGCAAAAUAGUGUUUUCAGAUGAAAAAUCUGUGCAGUGUCUAUUAAAUUAAUAGACUGAUUUGUGACUGGAUAUAUACGGUACAAAACAUGCUAUUUUUCUUUUUUUGACUUCAGGGAUGAAAACAUCACACAAAACUGAAUUCUAGUCAUGUACAUCGCUUUGUCUGCUAUCCCAAUUUUUUUCAUUUUUUUACUCCGUUAUUUUACACAUCGUGUUUCGUUUUGCUUGUAUGUUUCCAAUACUUCAAAAUGUGUAAAGGGAUGCCAAUGCUUUCCAACAUCAUGCCAGUGAUUUUCGCAAGAUGAACACUAGAUAUUCAGCUAGUUAAAAGUUUAACUAUUAGACCUUCAAAGAAAACAUAUCUUUUUUUUUUUUUUAAACCAAAAUAAUUGAACAUUGAUUAAAAGUGGAAUGUCCCUUUUAUUUUGUUGCAGUUAAUGUCAGUCAUUAUUUGGUAUUCUUAACUUCAUACAGUUUUGCUCUUUGCAACAUUUCCAAUCUGAUAUGUUUUAUAACAUGAGCAAUUAUUAUACUAAAUUUGCCUUAUAUUUUCUGACUUUUAAUGGUACAUUGCUGGACCAAUACUGUAUAUUUUCUUACAGUUUGAGAUGGGUUUUAAGAACUCGUAAGCAACUACACCUCAGGUCACAUGCAUCUAGCCUUUGUACCUGUUCAUUAGUGCUUUGGAACCGACACAUAUGUGGUUCUUCGUAUUGAACACAGAAAGGAUUCAUUUCUGGAAGCAGAAGGCAGCCUGUCAUGUACAUUUCAGUAUAAAGCCUUUAUACAGCUGUUUUUGAAUAAAGGUGUAGUCCCUGUU